UUCCUAGUUCCUACUUUUCAUUCUAGUUUCAUAAUACUUUGUCAUUCGGACUUUUGAUGCAUCUUGUGUUUUCUUUGUCGUUCUAUCUAUACCUUGGGGCUGGCGCAAGCCCUUAUCCCGCCACUUUCGACGAAGGUCUCUCAGAGAAAAUUGGACUUAUUUCACUGCUGAAUACAACAACUCAGAAACACGAUGAGCUACGUACACCCAUUCAUUCUUCCCUCCCCGCAGGUCUUCCAACUGCCUUAACUCUUAUCUGUUCGCCUAUCCACUCCCCAUAUAUCAGCUGGUUUGCCACACCUGGAACAAGGGAUUUGAAUGCCUCUCUGGUUGGAAUACAUGCUGACAGUUUCCAAUUGACCUCAAAAAUGGUACCACGAGUUGUGACGGUGAUGAAGAUUUCAUCCCAUUGCAAGCAUCGCUUCAUGUGAUCCCUAAGCGCUGAACGGAGCUGUUCUCAUGAGUCUCCGAACUGAAUCGACUGUCCGGGCAGACGAGCCUGAACAGAGAAAAAAGGGACCAUUGUGGCGAGAAAUGUGAGAACCGAGCUCGACUGAACAUCGAAAAAGAGUCGACCGCGGUACUAAAUUUCAGAAUUGGUGGUGGUUUAUGUGCCUCCAAAGAUUACCGUAGAGGCAGCUUCAGCUUAGUUUCCGUGCAGGUUGCAC